UGAUUUUCACUACCAACAACACUUAGAGAACAAGCAGAGGAAUAUCACUUUUUUUUUCUUUCUCUCUUUUUGCUUUUUUACAACAAAAAAAAAAGCAAGCCGGAGAGAGAGAGAACAAGAGACGGUGUAAGAUGCACUACACACGCAUCUCACCGGUUUUAGUACCAUCUCCGCCACCAACAGCCGCCGUUGAAUCUAGCGGCGGCGGGCCGAUGAUAGCUACCGUUUUCAUGGCCCUCCUCCUUCCCUGCGUUGGCAUGUGCAUCGUUUUCCUAAUCUAUCUCUUCCUCUUGUGGUGUUCCACACGUCGUCGUAUCGAACGUCUUCGAUUCGCGGAACCGGUUAAACCAGUCACCGGUAAAGGCCUAACCGUGUUAGAGCUCGAGAAAAUCCCUAAACUCACCGGAAAAGAGCUUGCCAUAAUAGCUAGGUCGACGGAGUGUGCCGUUUGUCUUGAAGAUAUAGAAAGUGGUCAAUCGUCUCGUCUAGUUCCCGGUUGCAACCAUGGGUUUCACCAAUUAUGUGCUGACACGUGGCUAUCUAACCACACGGUUUGUCCAGUUUGCCGCGCCGAGCUGGCUCCGAACAUUCCUCAAUGUAAUGAAAAUCAAAGUCCAUGUUAAAAACAGAAUCUUUAAAAUUAUUCUUUCCUUCUUUUUUACUCGUUUUGUGUACUUGUCUUGUUUAAAAUUUUUACUGCCUUCUGUGUAAGCGUUAUAGAGAGAAGUUUC